AUGAAGAGCCUACGCAGGGACUUUUCGUCCGAUCCGCAGGCUGCUAAUGUCACGAGCAAAGUCUUUGUCAGAUCCACGAAAAGUGGAAAGGUGCAAAAGAUCGUUCGUGAGCUUUAUCUGAGACAGGAUAUUCCUUGCUCAUCAAAGUUAUGUUCACUAUGUCCGACGAUUGCGCCAACGGAUGCGAAUGGGAACAUCGCGCCUUUCGUCCUUUCCGACCAGCCAGCUGGGACGAGCGCUUUCCCUCGCGGCCACUACCUUGUUCCUGAUACGAAUGCGUUGUUGAAUGGCAUGGACCUCUUUGAACAUACCGGGGCAUUUUACGAUGUUAUCGUCCUGCAAACAGUCCUCGAGGAACUGAGGAAUCAAUCACUACCGCUGUAUAACCGUUUGCUCUCUUUGAUCAAGACGGACGAGAAACGAUUUUAUCUUUUCUUCAACGAGUUCAGACUGGAAACACACAUUCGGAGAGGUCAAAAUGAGUCGAUCAAUGACAGAAAUGAUCGCGCAGUGCGAGCUGUGGCAAAAUGGUAUUCCGAACAUCUUCAUGCUACGCUAAGAAAGGGGAAGAAGGAAAAGUCGAUACCAGCGAUUGUGGUCAUUACAGAUGACAAGGAAAAUUUGCGCAAAGCAAAGGAAGAGAACGUGACCGCCCUGUCAUUGACUGAUUAUGUUUCUGGGUUGGAGGAAUCCGACAGACUACUGGACAUGAUCAGUGAAUCAAGGGAAGCAAGAGAAGCCAAGGGCGCUCGGGGCGAGCUUUUCUAUCCCGAAUAUUACUCUAUGUCGAAGCUUAUGACGGGCUUGAGGGCCGGAACUCUGCAUCAGGGUGUUUUCAAUGUCUCGCCUUACAAUUACCUGGAAGGUUCUGUGAACGUUGCCGCAUUCGAUAAGCCGCUCCUUAUCCUCGGCCGUGAUAAUAGCAAUCGGGCCAUUGCCGGAGAUGUUGUUGUCAUUGAGAUUCUGCCAAAGGACCAGUGGAAAUCGCCAUCGACAAAGCUUGUCGACGAAGAAACGAUUACGCGGAACGACAAUCCUGAUGCGGAGGAGAAUGAAGCUGUGGUGACAGAACGGGAACGGAAAGCUCUGCAGGAAGAGGUGAAAAAGGCCCAUGGAAAAAGCUCUGAGGGCCGGCCACAACCCACGGCGAAGGUUGUCGGUGUCAUCAAGCGCAACUGGCGACAAUAUGUUGGACACGUUGAUUCAGGCUCGACAGGCUCGCAGGCCAGCUCGGGGCGACGGCAACAAAAUGUUUUCGUACUACCCAUGGACAAACGCAUCCCCAAGAUCAGGGUACGCACACGACAGGCGGGUGAUUUGUUGGGUCAGCGCAUUCUGGUCACUAUCGACGCCUGGGAUCGCGAUUCCCGGUACCCGACUGGCCACUUCAUUCGUUCCCUUGGAGAGUUGGAGACAAAGGGAGCAGAGACCGAGGCUUUGCUUUUGGAGUAUGAUGUGCAGUAUAAGCCGUUUCCCAAAGCGGUUCUGGACUGUCUGCCAUCAGAAGGACACGACUGGAAAGUUCCCGCCAGCAAAGAGGAUAUUGGUUGGAACGGAAGAAGGGAUCUUAGGGAUCUUCUCAUCUGCAGCAUUGAUCCUCCUGGCUGUCAAGAUAUCGACGACGCUCUUCAUGCGCGACCUCUUCCCAAUGGCAAUUUCGAAGUGGGUGUCCACAUUGCGGACGUGUCGCAUUUCGUCAAACCAAACAAUGCAAUGGAUCUGGAGGCUAGCGUCCGUGGUACGACGGUGUACCUGGUCGACAAGCGUAUUGACAUGCUUCCGCACCUGCUUGGCACGGAUCUCUGCUCUCUCAAGCCGUAUGUGGAGCGUUAUGCCUUUUCCGUGCUGUGGGAGAUGACCCCGAACGCCGAAGUUGUCUCUGCUAAUUUUACGAAAUCGGUGAUUCGCUCGCGAGAGGCCUUCAGCUACGAGCAGGCGCAAAAGCGUAUUGAUGACCCGUCUAAGAAUGAUGAGUUGACUGAAAGCAUGCGGACACUACUCCGUCUGUCGAAGAUUCUCCGUCAGAAGCGUAUGGAUGCGGGCGCAUUGAACCUGGCGUCCCCGGAAGUCCGCAUUGAGACUGAUAAUGAUGAGGUUGGCGAUCCGCUCACGGAUGUCAAGACAAAGGCACUGCUUGCGACCAACAGUCUGGUAGAGGAGUUCAUGCUUCACGCCAACAUCACUGUCGCCGCGAAGAUUUACGAUAGCUUCUCCCAAACGGCCCUGCUUCGUCGGCACGCCACUCCUCCACCACAGAAUUUCGAGGAGCUGAUCAACCAGCUAUCAAAGAAACGUAACCUGGAGCUGGACGUCUCUAGCUCCCGGGCCCUCGCCGACUCGCUCGACCGUUGCGUCGAUGCAGAAAACCCAUUCUUCAACACCCUAGUCCGCAUUCUCGCUACUCGAUGCAUGACUUCUGCCGAGUAUUUCUGCGCAGGUGCGCACGCAGAGUCCGAGUUCCGCCAUUACGGUCUAGCAUCGCCCAUCUACACACAUUUCACCUCACCCAUUCGGCGAUAUGCCGAUCUGCUCGUCCAUCGACAACUUGCGUCUGCAAUCGGCUACGAAGGCGAAGACGGCCGGGCGCAGGUCCACGGCGUCAUGACACGGAACAGACUCGAGGAUAUCUGCCGCAACAUCAACUACCGGCACCGCAACGCCCAGUUUGCGGGCCGUGCCAGCAUCGAGUAUUACGUUGGGCAGGCGCUGAAGGCUCGCGGGGAGAAGAUGGCGGUGGAUGGCGUCGAUGGCGGCAUCGAAGAAGAAGGAUACGUGAUGCGCGUCUUCGAGAACGGCGUGGUUAUCUUUGUGCCUCGCUUCGGCAUCGAGGGUGUUGUUCGUCUGGAAGACUUCGUGCUUCCUGGCGAACCUGCUGUCCGAAGUGUCGAAGAACGGCGCGAGCUGCUCCUACGUCGUGAGAGCGACUUUGACGGUGAGGAGUACACCCUUCGGGUGUCGGAGAAGGGACACUCCGAGCGCAGUGUGGUGGUUGAGCUCUUCCAGAGAGUCAAGGUUAAUGUCAGCUCGAUCAAGGAAGAAGGCGGCCGUGGAGCGGGUAAGAGACGGGUGCGGAUUUUGAUCACGGGUGGUGCGAAAUAA